AGCAGUGGUAGUAGCGGCUGCUAAUGGGCAGGACUUGCCCCGUUGCUGAGUAGUGACAAGGAGCCUUGUUGUCUCUGUGGUGCCUGGGAAGCAGGAGCCCCGUGGGCCUGAAAUCAGCAGCACUUUUUAUCCCAGAAUCAUUCAUAGACAGGAAGCGGCGCUACGGAAUCAGCGCGGGGUAGUGUGGCAGCCCAGAGGUGCUUCCUCUGUUGAGAAAAGGUGAGGUUAGAGGGCACAGGUGACAGGACCAGAGGAAGAUGGAGCAGCCAGGGGCUACGGCUUCGGGAGCAGGAGGCAGCAGCGAAGAACCCGGCUUGGGCAGGAGCAACAAGAAGAGCUCAGGAAAUCGGGCCGCCAACGAAGAGGAAACGAAAAACAAACCAAAAUUGAACAUUCAAAUAAAAACUUUGGCAGAUGAUAUGCGUGACCGAAUUACAAGUUUUAGAAAAUCUACUGUCAAAAAAGAAAAACCUCUUAUUCAACAUCCUAUUGAUUCUCAAGUUGUAAUGAGUGAGUUUCCAGCAGCUCAACCUUUAUAUGAUGAGCGAUCUUCGAAUUUGUCAGAAAAAGAAGUACUGGAUCUCUUUGAAAAAAUGAUGGAGGACAUGAACCUUAAUGAAGAACGUAAAGCUCCUUUACGAAACAAAGAUUUUACCACCAAGCGUGAGAUGGUUGUCCAGUAUAUUUCUGCUACUGCUAAAUCUAUAGUUGGAAGUAAAGUUAUGGGAGGACUGAAAAACAGCAAACAUGAAUGUACCCUGUCUUCACAAGAAUAUGUUCAUGAAUUACGAUCUGGUAUUUCUGAUGAAAAACUUCUUAACUGCCUAGAAUCUCUGAGAGUAUCUUUAACCAGCAAUCCUGUCAGCUGGGUUAAUAACUUUGGUCAUGAAGGUCUUGGACUCUUAUUGGAUGUGCUGGAAAAACUUUUGGACAAGAAACAGCAAGAAAAUAUUGACAAGAAGAAUCAGUAUAAACUUAUUCAGUGCCUCAAAGCUUUUAUGAAUAAUAAGUUUGGAUUACAAAGGAUCCUAGGAGAUGAAAGAAGUCUUCUGUUGUUGGCAAGAGCAAUUGAUCCCAAACAACCCAACAUGAUGACUGAAAUAGUAAAAAUACUUUCUGCUAUUUGUAUUGUUGGAGAAGAGAACAUUCUAGAUAAACUUUUAGGGGCUAUAACUACUGCAGCAGAGAGAAAUAACAGAGAACGAUUUUCACCAAUUGUUGAAGGAUUAGAAAAUCAUGAAACUUUGCAAUUACAGGUAGCCUGCAUGCAGUUUAUAAAUGCUCUAGUGACUUCUCCUUAUGAACUUGAUUUUCGAAUACAUUUAAGGAAUGAAUUCCUUCGUUCAGGACUAAAAACAAUGCUACCUGAACUAAAAGAAAAGGAAAAUGAUGAACUUGAUAUUCAGUUGAAAGUAUUUGACGAGAAUAAAGAGGAUGACCUAACAGAAUUAUCACACCGUCUCAAUGACAUUCGAACAGAAAUGGAUGACAUGAAUGAAGUAUACCAUCUUCUGUAUAAUAUGUUGAAGGACACUGCUGCUGAAAAUUAUUUAUUAUCUAUUUUACAACACUUUUUGCUAAUAAGAAAUGAUUAUUAUAUUAGGCCACAGUAUUACAAAAUAAUUGAGGAAUGUGUUUCACAGAUAGUGCUGCACUGCAGUGGUAUGGACCCAGAUUUCAAAUAUAGACAGCGAUUGGACAUAGAUUUAACACAUCUGAUAGAUUCUUGUGUGAAUAAGGCAAAGGUUGAAGAAAGUGAACAAAAAGCAGUGGAAUUUUCAAAGAAGUUCGAUGAAGAAUUCACCGCUCGACAGGAAGCUCAAGCUGAACUUCAGAAAAGAGAAGAAAAAAUCAAAGAACUUGAAACAGAAAUUCAGCAGCUUCGAAACCAGGAACAUGAACUUUCAAGUGCAUCAAGAAUUCUGGGUCUUCCUCCACCACCUCAGUUGCCUGGUAGUGGGCUAUCCCCACCACCUCCUCCACCACCUCCACCUCUGCCUGGAGGAGUUCUCCCUCCUCCUCCUCCUCCACUUCCACCUUCUGUAGCUGGUAUACCACCACCACCACCACCACCUUUGUUUGGGGGACCUCCUCCACCACCCCCCCUUGGUGGAGGUCUUCCUCCCCCAGUAUUACCACCUGAACUACCUUAUGGAAUGAAACAGAAAAAAUUAUAUAAACCUGAGGUUUCUAUGAAGAGAAUCAAUUGGUCAAAGAUUGAACCAAAAGAUUUAUCUGAGAGCUGCUUCUGGUUAAAAGCUAAAGAGGACAAGUUUGAAAAUUCAGAUCUCUUUGCAAAAUUGGCACUAAAUUUUGCUACUCAGAUGAAAGUUCAAAAGAAUGUAGAAACUGUAGAAGAAAAGAAGACCAUGCCUGCAAAGAAGAAAGUAAAAGAAUUAAGAGUUUUGGAUCCCAAAACAGCGCAGAAUCUGUCUAUCUUCCUAGGCUCUUAUCGUAUGCCAUAUGAAGAUAUAAAAAAUAUCAUUUUGGAAGUUAAUGAAACUAUGUUGAAUGAGGCCUUAAUUCAGAACCUAGUAAAACAUCUUCCUGAACAGAAGGUACUCAAUGAAUUAGCACAGCUGAAGAAUGAAUAUGAUGAUCUCUGUGAACCAGAACAGUUUGGAGUUGUGAUGAGUUCAGUGAAAAUGUUACGGCCUCGUCUCAAUAGCAUUCUUUUCAAGCUCACUUUUGAAGAACAUGUAAACAACAUCAAGCCAAGCAUCAUAGCUGUAACUCUUGCUUGUGAAGAGCUGAAGAAAAGUGAAGGUUUUAACAGACUUUUAGAGUUGGUCCUUUUGGUUGGAAACUACAUGAACUCUGGCUCAAGAAAUGCCCAGUCUUUAGGUUUUAAGAUCACCUUCCUUUGUAAGAUAAGAGACACUAAAUCAUCAGAUCAAAAAACAACGCUCUUGCAUUUUAUUGCUGAAAUUUGUGAAGAAAAAUACCGGGAUAUCCUGAAAUUCCCUGAAGAACUAGAACAUGUUGAAAGUGCAAGCAAAGUUUCAGCUCAGAUUCUUAAGAGCAACCUUGCAGCAAUGGAGCAACACAUUAUUCAUCUGGAAGGUGACCUCAAGAAAUUUCCGCAAGCAGAAAAUCCAAAGGAUAAGUUCGUGGAAAAGAUGACAAGCUUUUCAAAAAGUGCCAGAGACCAAUAUGAAAAGCUGUUGACCAUGCACAACAACAUGGUAAAGCUCUAUGAGAACCUUGGAGAAUAUUUUGUUUUUGACUCUAAGACAGUGUGCAUAGAGGACUUUUUUGGUGAUCUCAGCAACUUCCGAUCUUUGUUUCUGGAAGCGGUGAAAGAAAACAACAAGAGAAAAGAAAUGGAAGAGAAGUCUAGGAGGGCAAAGCUUGCUAAAGAAAAAGCUGAACAAGAAAAGUUAGAGCGCCAGAAGAAAAAGAAACAACUCAUUGACAUAAACAAAGAGGGUGAUGAGACCGGUGUGAUGGAUAAUCUUUUAGAAGCUCUUCAGUCGGGUGCAGCAUUCCGAGACCGUAGAAAGAGAAUUCCAAGAAAUCCAGAUAAUAGACGAGCACCUUUGGAACGGUCACGCUCUCGCCACAAUGGAGCAAUCUCCUCUAAGUGAUUCUGAUGCAAAAUAAUAAGAAGAUAUUUUAAGUAGACAAAAAUCAUACCUUUUGGGAAGAACAAUACAUGCACUAAAAGAUAAAGAAGUAAUAAAUGCAUUUCUGCAAAGAUCAGGCUAAAUUGGAUGAAAUAGUGUGCACUUGGAACGUUAUACAAGGCUGCUCCAACAAUUAUUUGGAUAUGAACACAAUUAUCAAAACUAUAAAAUGUGUGCUUCACCUUAUAGAUGUGUAUUGUUUGUUAUUGUGUGUGACUAGGCAGGGAUGAAAUGUGUUAAAAAAAAUAGAGAAUUUUUAAAGGCUUCUGAAAAUAUUCACUUUGCCAAGUGUACAAGGUCACUUAAAUUUGCAGCUGACCCCCACAGAAUAGAAGAAAAGGAAUGGAGAGAAUUAUUCAGAGUGUGCUUCCAAUUCCUAUUACAUAGAAAAGGAAAAGGCCAACGAAAGUGAGUUUUAAUAACUUAGAGAGUGCUAAUAUUUCACAUUCCACAAGGGAAGCCAUUUUAGAAUCUUAAAGAAGUACUACUUUACCCAUCAAAUUAUUUAAAAUCUUAUCUCAGUUGAUAGCUGAUGGAUCCAUCUGUUUUAGCUGAAAUUAAACUUAUCAUUAAUCUAGAGUUUCAGCAUGAUAUUGCAGGCACUUAUCAUCGGUAAAAUUACACCAAAGUUAAAAAGAAAAAAAGAAAUAAAACGUGAUUUAAAGAGGUAUUUAUUUAAAGAGGUAUUUUCUAAUUAUGCUCAUAUAUCUACUUUAUAUAAAUAGUUUAUAUGGCUAUUUUUAAGAAAAAAAAAACCUCACAUUUAAGUGUUUGUACUAGAAAUGAACCUGAAAAUCCUACUAGCUUUAUUUUUAUUUUUAAAAGUAAAGAUCGAUUCCUAUUAUCUUGUGGUUUAUUUCUUCUCCCUAUUGCUUCUUUCUCCUAUGACCCCCUUGAAGGCAAGGAAUAGAGUUCUAGAAACAUGAGAGGAAAAAGAUUUCUCUCUGCAGGAGGCAGAAGAAAACUGUUUGAAAGGUCAAUUGUUUUGUCUUCCUUCCUACUCUCCUUUUCAAUUCUGCUUUGGCAGUCUGAGUGAAGGAAGAUAACUAACAUAUAUGCUUGCUUGGUUUUGUGUGUGUGUGUAUUUAUAUCUCCUGCUGUAAUAAUUCCACAUUCUAGUGACUAAGUGAACACCUCAAACAUCAUUAUACUUAUUGUAUACUAACAAAUUUAAAACGAUGCUUCCAAAACAACUCUAGCAGAAAAAAUAGGUUCUACAUUUGUUUUAAAUAGAUGUGAGAGUAAAAGCUAUACUUGUCUAUUAUUUUAAAAUAUGCAUAGAAAUACUGUGGCAUAAUGUCUCUGGAGUGCAAUUUUGAGACUAAUCAUUGCAGAUGAAUAUGAUUAUUAUAGAGAUUUCUUACAGAGAAUCCUAUUUCUACUCCUUUAAAACACAUUACAGACACUCAAAAAGAAGAAAUGGCUGUCUUGGCAAAUCACCAUCUGAGAUAAUGUAAACAAUUGACCAAUAGUUCUAGUUUCCUUAUAUUAAUGUAUAAUGAUUCAAGUUGCUGCCUUUUGUUCCAGUGCACCCUUGCUAGAAUAUUAUACUCUUAAAUAUUCCAAAGCUGCUACAAUAGAGAAAUCAAAGAGAGUAACAGUAUCUGAGAUUUUAAAAUUGUGUUUCAUCUUACCACAUAUAUGCAAACACAAACAAGUUUAAAAGAUGUAUCAAUUUCACACUUUUUUAACAACAAAGAUUCAGGUAUAGUAAUUUAUAUAAAUACUUGAUGUGUGUUUUUUGACUUCAGUCUUUUCUGAAAUAUUCAUGGCUUCUUUUAGUCUUUGGUAGCUUUUCAGGUGUAGGAAAAUAAUAAUAAUAAUAUUUUGAAACAUUAAUCUUGACUAAAAUUUAUGGGCAUUUGCCAUGCUAUAAUAUCAAGCUGGUCAAGGUGGAAAUACUGAUAUGUAUCACCUUUUCCAGAUGUGAACUUGCCUUAUUUUUUAGUUUGUUUUAAAAAAAAGUGAAGUACUACUAUUGAGGAAGUAUAUAUUUGUAACUAAAGUAAUCCCACAUGCUUUUUUCCAGAAAUUUCAGGGUCUUUGAUGAAGUUCCAAUAAUUGAGUAAAAGGGUUUACUUUUCAUGUUUAUAAUGGUCCUGCUCUAGGCAUUUGCAUUUGUGCUUUAGAUUGAAAAAAAAACACUAAAAAAGUAGAUAGUGACAUUUUUUAUUAUAGAACCAAACUAUAUUUCAGUAUUGUAUUGGGUUUACUACUGACACAUGGGAGAAGCACCCAUUAUACAAAACUUUUUCAGAAUGAUUUUUUUUUAAGCCUAAGGCUAGGAGUGUUUACUAGCUGUAUUAGUUUCCUUUAGUUUCUAUAACUCAUUACCUUACCACAAACUCAGAAAUGCAUUUUUUCGUGGUUUUGGCUGCCAGGGUGCCAUGUAUCCUCUGGAGACUCUAGAGGAGAAUCAUUCCUUGCCUCCUCUAGCUUAUAUUGACUUUGGCAUUCCUUGGGUUGUGGUUACAACUCCCUUUGUGACAUUCUCACAUUACCUUCUCAUCUGUGUAUCUAAUCUUUCUCUACUUCACCCUUAUGAAAGGACUUACAUCAUCCUUAUGUCAUUUAGAGCCCACCCAGAUCAGUCAGUUUAUUUCAUUUCAAGAUCCCCAAACUUAACUACAUCUCUAAGAUCCUUUUUUCAAACAAAGUAACAUUCACACAUCAUUAGGGUAGGGAUCUUUUUUGAAGUCAGUUCUCAGGCCAUUAAAAUCUCUUCUUUGGUUCACCCCCAAGUAUAUAUACAUUUCAUUUGCAAAACAUAUUCACCUCAUCUCAGCAUUCCCCAAAGUCUCAACCCUGUAGAAUGCUAACUAUGAGUCUAAAAUUUCUUCAUAAAUCAUCAGAAGUCCCAUAUCUUUUCAUCUAGAUCAUCUAAACUCGUUCUAUGUGAAAUGCCUGGGGCAAAUUUCCUCUCCAUCUCUAAAUUGGUGAAAUACAACAAGUAAUUAACUUCCAAAAUACUAUAUGACUCAGGCAUUUGGUAAUGGUUAUAAUCAUACCUAUUCCCCCCAAAAAAGGGGUGGAGGAAUAGAAAGUAGAAAGAAGUCAACUUUCCCAAUGAUUUUCAAAAUUCAACCAUUUAACAUUUUCUCAAGUUUGGAAACUGACAAUAAUUUUCCUGUUUUAGGGCCCUACCCUUUAGGACUACAGAUCUGCCCCCUUGGCCCAUGGACCAAGUCUAUGCCUCUAUGUGCUUUUCAUUUUUGCCUCUGUUUCCAUGUUUGAGCCUCUGCAUUUGUAGGUGCAUCUCUGUCCUAGGAAUAAUCCAUUAUAUUAUGUGGUGGUGAUUAUAUGGUAGUUUAUCACUUUGUUUUCUGUCUAUAAAUGUAAUCUAACAACUUUCAUCUUGUUCUAUUCAUAUUAUUUUCAAGCCAAGCUGUAUUUCUGUUAGAAUAACUUACUCAGAAACAUUGUGGGACUCUCAUAUAUGUCACAUUGAUUGAUUCGGUUGGCAUGAGGGAAUCCUCAUAGAUCUUUUCUUGUAAUAUCAUCCCUAUUCCUAGCUUCUAUGGAGAUGGUUGAAGGGAUCAGUGAGUCAACAACUAAUCCCUUUUAGUAGUAGUAAAUGUUGUUUAAUUACAUCCUUCACCUUAACUCCAGAGCACACAACCCUAACAGUGAGUCUCCUAAUCAUACCAUUUCUGAACAUUUGAUUUAGUACAAAAUUUUCUGAUUUAUCCAAUUCUGAUUCCUUACUGCAUAGCACACCUUUCCUUGGUUUACCUAUUCUUUCUUGUACUUUGCUUUAAGCUCAUAAAGAAGCUCAAGUCAUACCUUCACCAUUUUGCUUAGAAAUGUCCUUAGCUACACAUCCAGAUUAGUCACAAAUUCUAACUGUUGGAGACAAUUCAAUUUUUGGUCAUUAUGUAACAAUUACCAACUUUCUUCUGGUUUCAAUAAAAUGUUAUUUAGUUUCUUCUGAGUUUUCACAGGAAACAUUUUGAACCUUCAUAUUUCUAUCAACAAUCUAUUUAAAGAAAUUUGAACAUUCUAUUACAUGCGCAAAAAGUCUUCUCAACUUUCAUUUUAUCCAUUUUUAUUAUCUAUAAAAUAAAAUUUUACAAAAACCAAAAAGUUUCCUGGAGUAUAAUUACAUACCCAUACAUCACUAUAAUAUUCUAAACCACUGCCAUGAUUUUAGAUAUUUAUUAGCACCUUACUUUCUCGUACCAAAAUCUGUAUUAGGCUCCUAUGGCUGCUAUAACAAAUUUAUCAAGAUAGUUAAAAUAAUAGAAAUUCUUUUAUUGUUUUAGAGUUCAAAAGUGCUAAAUUGAGUUGUUGGUAGGGAUGCACCUCUUUUUAAAGCUUUAGAGGGAAAAUCCAUUCUUUGCUUCUUUAUUUCUUUGUCACCAUUCUUUCACUUAUGACCAAAUUUCCCUCUGCUCCAUCUUUAUAUCAUCUUCCAUUCUGUGCAUAUAAUAUACUCCCUACUUUUUAUAAGGACACCUGUGUUGACACUUAAGACCUACUGAACACAUCUAUGAUAAUCUGCUUAUUUCAACAUCAUUGAUUAAUUACAUGUGAGAAGAUUAUUUCUCAAGUAAGUUAAAAUCACAGGUUCUAGCAGUUAGGACAUAGACAUAUCUUUGGGAAAUCAUCAUAUGGUUCACUACACUGGGCACAUAAAAUUUUGCAUAUAAAAGUACCUUUCACUUUUUAAAAUGCAUUCUUGGUGCUUAAGUCAAAUUCAAGAUUGUCUCUCAAAAACUAUUGCCUACAUAGGUUACUGCAUGCAUGCUGUUCAAUUAGAUUUUUCAGUAUAUACAUUUUUCUGCUAUGGUCAAUUAGCUUAAAAUACUAUUGUUUCUGACUUUGAGCUCUGGUAUGUACCUUAAGUCACUUUUGAGGAAUGUUUGACCAAAUGUAUUCUAUGAUUCAUAAUGCAGGCAUAAAACUACCUCUGAUACAGAAAGGUUCUUUACAAAGUAUUUUAAAUAUACUGAACCCCUCAGUUGAAGGGAGAGGUGACUGAAAAGCCUGCUUGAAUGAGUAGUAAAGAUAAUUGUGCCCAUACCAAGAUGCCAUAUAAAGUAUUUCAGUAGCAGUAGAACAUGAAUUUUUGCUCUUAUUUUGCCUUGGAAUGAAGACCUGUCACUUUGCAGGACCAAAAAUGACUUGCAAUCUAUAUGUAAUGCAUACUUAUAUAUUCAAUAAAGUUAAGAUAUACAAUAAA